AUGAAAAAAAUGGCAAUAGGGAAAAGGUGUAAACUUUCCAGAACAGGCCCAGAUUUUGAAAAUGUGAUAAAGAGGUUAUUGUGUGUCCGAACUUUUCACACAAGAAUUGGAGGAGAUUUAACACCAGGAAUAAUAAACAGAGGGAGACCAGCUAAUGCAGAGCAGAUGGGCCUGCUGGGCAGUGCAAAGCAUUGCAGUGUCUUCCCCCUGGACCUUUGGACUCAAGGUAAUUGAAAUUUGGUUUCUUUAGUUGAAAGCAAAGUUAAUGCAACUGGGGAUGCCAUAAAUAUGACUGGCUUGAUUUCUGGGGUGGUUGGCGGACUCAAGUUUUUAAGAACCCACUAUGUGACAGGCAUUCGACAUUCACCACUUUAA